AUGGUACUAGUUGCCUCAGAUAUCAUGGCAAACAAUGAGAAAAAACCAUACAUAUUACUUGUUAACUCAGAUAUCAUGGUAAACAUACUUUCUCGACUACCAGCGGAGUCGGCAUUAGCUUGCAGACAAGUUUGUAGAGCAUGGAGAAAUCUAUUUACGUUAGAUGAUAAAUACUUCAGUGACAUGCAUCUACGGCGAUUACUAAUGCAGCAACAGCAGACGUGUAACAGGUUGAGUUUUAUUUUCCAGGAUUUGUUUUAUUCUAUUUACUAUGUAGAUUUUGAUGAGAAAUCUCGCAAGAAACUUACAGAGAUCAACUUUCCCCUUCCGACUGAAACUAAGAGAUUGGUUGUUACAAGAGAAUGUUUGGAACUUCCAAAGUUUCUCACUGAGGAUGAAGAUAUUAAAGUUUACGAAAUAUUAUCCGGAUUUGGUUAUGUUCCUUCAAGCAACGAGUACAAAGUUGUUAGAAUCAUAGAGUACUAUGAUGGUGAUGAGUUGUUGUUGAAUUGUAAGCUACAAGUGUAUACUCUUGGUGCUGGCAGUGGCUGGAGAGAUAAAGGAAUGUUCGAUUACCGGCUUAUAAUAAUAGCGUUAAGGAAUGUGUUUGUCAAUGAAGCUCUUCACUGGCUGGAUUGGAGAGGGAAAAUUGUGGCUUUCGGUUUGGCAGAGGAGGAGUUCCACGUACUCGCAACACCACCGUGCUUACCUGGUUCAUCCAUCGGAGAAAUUUUCAGGAAGUUUCAACUCCAAGUACUGGGAGAGUCGCUCUGUCUUUUUCAUCAAAAAAGAGGAGGUAGACAUGCAGAUAUAUGGGUAUUAACAAAAGAUACUAGUUACGCUAAGAGUGAACAACAUUACGAGCCCUGGAGUUGGCAUAGACGGUAUACUCUUCCCCUUAACUUCACUUACGCGCAUAAAUGGUGGCAUGGAAGGAGAGGUUAUCCGUUUGCUGUUACUCAACGGGGUGAAGUUCUAAUUGCCACUUAUAAUAAUGAAAAAGAUACUGUUGCCAGUUCUUAUGAUCCAAAAACUACAACCUUAAAAAAGAUUGGGAAUCUAAAGAACACAAUUGUCCCCGGCCUUAACUCAGAAUCACACGUUAACAGUUUUGUUUCAUUGAAAGCAUUAGAAGAAGAAGAUGUAACAAAUGCUCAGAAGAAAGCAUAUACCAUACCAACUGCUGCAGCCAAUGUGUAG